GUGCAAUAACGUUAGGUUGGCUGUAUAAGACAGAGGCCGUCGUCUGCUGCUGUAAUUUGGCUACAGGGGAAGAAAAAUACAGUCUAAAGUGUGUGUGUUUGUUUGUUUUUUUUUAAAGCGUAUGUACGGAUUUUUUCUUUUUGUUGACUGGACGGUUUUGAGUUCGUAUCCGAGUCGCUGUUAAGCUGCAUCGCAUCCUCCGCGGGUUGCGGGUCGAUUUGAUCCAGAAAACCGGCAGUGUUUCAUGCAGCUGUUGGACACCAACAUUCCCACUGAUCAAACAUCUGCCUGAGGUAACUCCUCAACCCCCCUCUUCCCUGUUCCAACUCCUAAGCGCCUCUCCCGCCUUGACACCCCAGCUACUGUUCCUUCAGGACCUCUCGGCCACUUUGGGCUGGUGGCCUUCUUUCCCAAAGCCUUCUUGGGGAAGCGGGUUUAUCUCGUCCCGUUUUUUUCCAAACCACGUCCCGCGUUUCACGGCUACACCCAAACACCCCCGAGGAUGUCCUCCAUCUUGCCGUUCACGCCGCCGGUGGUGAAGCGCCUGCUGGGCUGGAAGAAGUCUGCGAGCGGCUCGGGCGGAGCAGGCGGCGGAGAACAGAACGGUCAGGAGGAGAAGUGGUGCGAGAAGGCCGUGAAGAGCCUGGUGAAGAAGCUGAAGAAGACGGGCCAGCUGGAUGAGCUGGAGAAAGCCAUCACCACGCAGAACUGCAACACCAAGUGUGUGACCAUCCCCAGCAAUUGCUCUGAAAUUUGGGGACUGAGUACUCCAAAUACGAUAGAACAGUGGGAUACCUCAGGCCUAUACAGCUACCCUGACCAAACCAGAUCUCUGGAUGGACGCCUGCAGGUGUCUCACCGUAAGGGGCUGCCUCACGUCAUCUACUGCCGUCUGUGGCGAUGGCCCGACCUGCACAGCCACCACGAGCUGCGCGCCAUCGACACGUGCGAGUUUGCGUUCAACCUCAAGAAGGACGAGGUGUGCGUCAACCCCUACCACUACCAGCGGGUGGAGACACCAGUCUUACCACCUGUCCUAGUGCCAAGACACACAGAGAUUCUGACUGAACUGCCUCCUCUGGAUGACUACACCCAUUCCAUACCCGAAAACACCAACUUUCCUGGUGGGAUCGAACCCCCUAACAAUUACAUACCAGAAACUCCUCCACCAGGCUACAUCAGUGAGGAUGGAGAGACCAGUGACCAGCAUAUGAAUCAAAGUAUGGACACAGGCUCUCCUGCAGAACUGUCGCCAAGCACACUCUCGCCUGUCAACCAUGGCAUGGACCUUCAACCAGUGACCUACUCGGAGCCUGCAUUCUGGUGCUCUAUAGCCUACUAUGAGCUGAACCAGCGGGUUGGGGAGACCUUCCACGCUUCACAGCCUUCCCUCACUGUGGACGGGUUCACAGAUCCUUCCAACUCGGAGCGUUUCUGCUUGGGCCUGCUGUCCAACGUUAACCGCAACGCCACCGUGGAGAUGACUCGCAGACACAUAGGCCGGGGAGUCAGGCUGUAUUAUAUCGGAGGAGAAGUCUUUGCUGAGUGUCUCAGCGACAGCGCCAUCUUUGUUCAAAGCCCCAACUGUAACCAGAGGUACGGCUGGCAUCCUGCAACUGUCUGCAAAAUUCCCCCAGGCUGUAACCUGAAGAUCUUCAACAACCAGGAGUUUGCAGCGCUCUUGGCUCAGUCGGUUAAUCAGGGCUUCGAGGCCGUCUAUCAGCUCACCAGAAUGUGCACCAUCCGCAUGAGCUUUGUCAAAGGCUGGGGGGCCGAGUACAGACGGCAGACUGUGACGAGCACUCCUUGCUGGAUCGAGCUGCACUUGAACGGACCAUUGCAGUGGCUGGAUAAGGUUCUGACCCAGAUGGGUUCUCCCACCGCCCGCUGUUCCAGUAUGUCCUAGACGCCAUGACGAAGAUGCCCACGCCCCUUUCCCCGAAAUCUGCAGAGUCCACAAUCACAAGAAACGACAAGUAGAACAACAGACGUGCUAUAAUCCCUGACACACUCAUGGUCUCUCUCUCCUCUCUCUCUCUCUCUCUCUGAUGUUCUCACUUUUCGGAACUGAACAUGGCACUUGCUGUCACAUCAGCUUCAUGCACCUUUAAUUCGCUCUUUUCCCUCCUCAUAAAUCCUCAAUAUUAAAUGUAUUAGUGGUAGAAUUUGAAAUGUAUAUAACUUUUUCUUUCCUUUUUUUUUUCUUUUCUUUUCUUUUUAAGACCGGGAAGGGGUGUGUGUAAUAGGGAAGUAACAGAAGGCAGUUAAUAACUUGGCACAGAUGUUUCAGUAAAGCAUUCCUUCCCCUUGAAGUGAUCACGUUAAAAACUAAAUGUUUCUGAUUUUGGUCUUUGCUUAACCAACAGCUUACCUUUUGUUGGCAAAACGUCAUUGUUUAAGCUUGAUCUCUUUGCUGAGACUAAUCAAUAAAAACGGAAAAAAGUAUUACUGCUUUUGAACCCUUCCCGCCCACCAAAACCUUUUCUUUCUUAAAAAGUCACGCCAAAAGACACCUUAUUCGCUUCCUGUUCCCGAUAGCUGCGCCCAACCACUAUGAAAGAAUGUUGCCUUAUAUGUUCAGGGUGCUGUCUUUAUGGCAGGCUUCUUCUGAAUUCUAAUGUGAACAGAUAGGAAUGUUUUAGCAAAAAAGGAAACCAUACGAAGGAAAAAAAAAAAAAAAACACCACCAACCCGGACCAAUGUUUUUUCUUCACCUCUGUCUCUGUAUCGCCCCUCAUCAGGUGAAAUCCUCACUCGAUCACUCUGGAGCGCUUCGAGUCGGGUCGAGGAAAAGCUUUAUGAAGAAGAAAAAAAAAAGUAAUAAACGAGUACACAAUCCAUCUCUUUCGAAAAAGAAAAUAAAAACAGAAAUCCAACCUUUUAAGCUUUAAGUGUUAAUAAAGUAGGUUAUUCUUCACAAUCACAAGAUUUUUUUCCUUUAUCUUUCUUUUAGCUACUUUUUGUAUUUUCAUGUAUUUUUAUAUAUAAAUAUAUUUAAAAUCUUUAAUGCUCUCUUCCUUUUUAUUAGAAUUGAGUAUUUUUUUAGAUCAUGCCCUCUUUUUAUCGGAACAUGGCUUCAUAAUGAAAACGUCCUGUCCAUGUAAAAAAACAAAACAAAAAAAAAGUUCGUCCAAAUCUUUCACAAUCAGUGUCUUUAUUCCUCUUCUCUGUUUCCAAGUUAAGCUGUCGCACCAAACAUUCAGCUCAUCAUCUAAUGGCAUGUUUAUUCAGAAAAAAAACAAAUUCUUUAGUGUGUUUUGUAUAUAAUAAUUUUUUUUUUUUUUCCGUUUGCUUUUCUGCCCUGGAUGCUUUUCCAUGACCUAUGGUUCUUUAAACGGGGGGAAAAAACACCUACUUGAUUGUCAAAUGUUGCAGAAACAUGGCCGUGUUCUGUUCGCCCACGUUCGGGGGGAAAAGAAAGGGGAAAAAAAAAAAAGAGACUCCUCAAAUGAUCAGCGUCUUACGAGAUGAAUUGUGCAACUUUUAGUGUGUGUUCUUGUUGUACAACUUAACUAAUGACUGUGAUCUAGCUGUCUGCCUUCCUUGUUGUGACGGUGGCAAGAUGUUUGAAAUCUUCAUUCCCCUCCUGCCACCUCUGUCUCUUUAGUUUUGUUGAUCUUCUUACACUUGCGGUUGUAUUUUAAUUGCAGCGAGUGUAAAGACUAAGAGGUUGUGGCCUGUUUAAACCGUUCAGACACUGGGAACAUUCUGCUUGCCAGUUUUGACUGGGUGUGGAAAGAAAACCAAAUAGAACUGUUAAGUGGCCCAGACAUAUAUGCAUAUACAGUAUGUGUAUAUAUAAUUUUAUUUUACUUUUUUUUUUCUUUUUGUUGGCAAAGCAUUUAACAGUUGGUGAGCUUAUUUUACCAUUAGAGAGAUGUAUUGGUAGGACGUGAACAUUAUCAGGAGAUAAGCUUUUCAAGCGUGUUGCAUAUGCAGACUUCAUAAAUACACUAAUAAAAAGUUUUAAUUCUCAUGAA